CUGUUCGCACCGCCCCCAGACGACUCGAGGAAAGAACUCCUCCUCCUUUCCUUCGCCUCCCGCCGUUCUGGCCGGAAAUAUCCGAGGCAGAACAGAAUCUGCGCGCGCGGUCUUCGCGCUCCCCCUGCCUUUCUCGCCCCGCCUCCUUCCCUCGUGCAAUCUCCUCCUCUUUCCCUCCUCCUUUCCCCCUCAGCAAAAUGGCGGCACGUAGAGGCCUUAGCAGUCAGUGAGUGACUCGCCUUCUCCUUCUCCCUCGGUGGCUGCCAAACUCUUUUGCAUUAGAUUGUCGCCUCCUCGUCUUUCCUCCUAUCCUGAAAUCACUUUUACAAACCCUCUUCUUUCCCGCUCCCCUUUACGAUUAUUCCUUCCUUCCCUCCCCCUCUGUCACACUCAGGUACCCAUCCCCCCACCGGCCUCUUCCCCUCCCCCUCCUCCAUUCGCCAUCAAUCAAUCAGCGGCGACCGAGAGCGGAUCAAUCAAUGGUCGGGAGGAGGAGGCGGCGGCGGCUGCUGCUGUUUAAUGAACAAUGUGUGAGAGCUGUGCUGAGCUGCUGGAGGUGUUAAAUGAGAUAUCAGAUACUGAUGGUGGUGAUGGCUUGCAACUCAGAAAGGAGCAUGCACUCAAGAUUUUUGCUUAUAUCAAUUCUUGGACACAAAGGCAGUGUCUAUGCUGUUUCAAGGAAUAUAAGCAUUUGGAGAUUUUCAAUCAAGUUGUGUGUGCACUUAUAAAUCUAGUGAUUGCUCAAGUACAGGCUCUUCGGGACCAGCUGUAUAAACAUUGCACUAUUAACUUAGGUUCAACAUGGCAAGAUGAAAAUAAUGCCUCUGAUGAGCCAUUGAAUGUAGAAAGAGCAACUCGUGGAGAAGAAGAGGAUGAAGAUAGACAUAAAACUACAGAAGAAAAAAAAGAUUCUGGGAGAACUUGUAUCCUGACAGAAGAAGAAUCUGCAGAAGGUUCUGAUGCCUUUAGCAUAUGGAGCACUGAGGAGAAGGAAAAACUCUUGCUUUGUGUUGCAAAAAUCUUUCAGAUCCAGUUUCCUCUGUAUACUGCCUACAAGCAUAAUACACAUCCCACAAUAGAGGAUAUUUCUGCACAAGAAAGCAAUAUAUUAGGGGCAUUCUGUGACAUGAAUGAUGUAGAAGUACCAUUGCACUUGCUUCGCUAUGUUUGCUUAUUUUGUGGAAAAAAUGGCCUAUCCCUCAUGAAGGACUGUUUUGAAUAUGGAACUCCUGAAACGUUGCCAUUUCUCAUAGCACAUGCAUUUAUCACUGUGGUUUCUAAUAUCAGAAUAUGGCUGCACAUCCCUGCUGUCAUGCAACACAUUAUACCUUUUAGGACCUAUGUCAUCAGGUAUUUAUGCAAACUGUCGGACCAGGAGUUAAGACAAAGUGCAGCUCGUAAUAUGGCAGAUCUAAUGUGGAGCACAGUUAAAGAGCCAUUAGAUACUGCCUUGUGUUUUGAUAAAGAGAGUCUUGAUCUUGCUUUUAAAUACUUUAUGUCACCAACCUUAACCAUGAGAUUGGCUGGACUUAGUCAAAUUACAAAUCAACUUCAUACUUUCAAUGAUGUGUGUAACAAUGAAUCCUUGGUUUCAGAUACAGAAACAUCCAUUGCUAAAGAACUUGCAGAUUGGCUAAUCAAUAACAAUGUAGUGGAACAUAUUUUUGGACCAAAUUUGCAUAUUGAGAUCAUUAAACAGUGCCAAGUGAUUCUUAAUUUUCUUGCUGCUGAAGGCCGGCUUAGUACUCAGCAUAUAGACUGCAUAUGGGCUGCAGCACAGCUGAAGCAUUGUAGCCGCUAUAUACAUGACUUGUUUCCUUCAUUGAUCAAGAACCUGGAUCCUGUGCCACUCAGACAUCUUCUUAAUUUAGUUUCCAUCCUCCAUCCAAGUGCACAUACUGAACAGACUUUAUAUUUGGCAUCCAUGCUCAUUAAAGCAUUGUGGAAUAACGCUCUAGCAGCUAAGGCCCAACUAUCAAAACAGAGUUCUUUUGCAUCUUUACUUAGUACAAACUUACCCAUGGGAAAUAAGAAAGAGGAAGAAGAGCUUCGAAGAGCAGCUCCAUCACCGUGGUCGCCUGCAGCAAGCCCUCAAAGCAGUGACAAUAGCGAUACUCAUCAGAGUGGAGGAAGUGACAUUGAAAUGGAGGAACAACUGAUUAGUAGAAAUAAGCAUGUCCAACAGCGACUUUCAGAUACAGAGGAAUCAAUGCAGGGAAGUUCUGAUGAAACUGCAAAUAGUGGUGAAGAUGGUAGCAGUGGGCCUGGUAGCAGCAGUGGUCACAGUGAUGGAUCAAGCAAUGAGGCAAACUCUAGCCAUGCAAGCCAAUCUGCAGGAAGCCCAGGCAGUGAAGUGCAGUCAGAAGACAUAGCAGAUAUUGAAGCUCUCAAGGAAGAGGAAGAGGAAGAAGAUGAAGACCAGAGUCACAAUUCCCCAAAAACUAGUCGGAAUGUAGAUUUGCGAAACCGAAAAAUAGAAUCUCAGUCUGGCAUUUGCUUGGGUGAUGCACAGGAAACAACAGAUAGGAAUGGUGUAAGCAAUGGAUCUGGGAAUAGCCAUGUUUUUAAUAGUGAAAAUGUUCCAUCAGUUGAUAAUAGAAUUAGAAUGCUAGAUCCUUGCUCACACUCAGAGAAUACUGAUCAUGACAUAACUGGUGAAAUGAGUACUGCUCAUAUAUCACAGGGCUCUCAAGAUUCCUGUAUCACACACACAGGGGACUUUCUUGGGGAAGCAAUUGGAAAUGAAUUAUUUAACUGUCGACAGUUUAUUGGGCCACAACACCAUCACCACCACCACCAUCACCACCACCACCAUCACCAUCAUCACGAAGGACACAUGGUUGAUGAUAUGUUAAGUGCUGAUGAUGUCAGUUGUAGCAGCAGUCAAGUCAGUGCAAAAUCGGAAAAAAAUAUGGCAGAUUUUGAUGGGGAAGAAUCAGGAUGUGAAGAAGAGCUGGUACAGAUUAACUCACAUGCUGAACUAACUUCUCAUCUUCAGCAGCACCUUCCAAAUCUUGCUUCCAUUUAUCAUGAGCAUCUCAGCCAAGGGCCAGCAGUUCAUAAGCACCAGUACAACAGCAACGCAGUGACAGAUAUUAACUUGGAUAAUGUUUGUAAGAAGGGAAAUACCCUUUUGUGGGAUCUGGUCCAGGAUGAAGAUGCAAUACAUCUUUCUGAAGGUUUAAUAAAUGAAGCAGAGAAGCUUUUAUGUUCACUAGUAUGUUGGUUUACUGAUAGACAAAUUCGUAUGAGGUUCAUCGAAGGCUGUCUUGAAAAUUUAGCAAAUAACAGAUCAGUUGUAGUUUCUCUUCGUCUUCUUCCAAAGUUAUUCGGUACCUUUCAACAAUUUGGGAGCAGUUAUGAUACACAUUGGAUUACAAUGUGGGCUGAAAAAGAACUUAAUAUGAUGAAGCUUUUCUUUGAUAAUUUGAUACACUACAUUCAAGCAGUCAGAGAAAGACGAUAUAAACACACAUUAUACAGCCAUAGCGCAGAGGUUCAGGUGCGCCUUCAGUUUCUGACAUGUGUCUUUUCCACUCUGGGAUCACCAGAUCAUUUCAGGCUGAGUCUGGAACAAGUUGAUGUAUUAUGGCACUGUUUAGUUGAAGAUUCUGAAUGUUAUGAUGAUGCUCUACACUGGUUCUUAAAUCAAGUAAGAAGUAAAGAUCAACAUGCAAUGGGAAUGGAAACCUACAAGCACCUUUUUUUAGAAAAGAUGCCUCAGCUGAAGCCUGAAACAAUUAGUAUGACUGGAUUAAACUUGUUUCAGCAUUUAUGUAAUUUGGCUCGGUUGGCUACUAGCGCAUAUGAUGGUGGUUCAAACUCAGAGUUGUGUGGUAUGGACCAAUUCUGGGGCAUUGCUUUAAGAGCACAAUCUGGAGAUGUGAGCCGGGCAGCUAUACAGUACAUUAACUCCUAUUAUAUUAAUGGUAAAACAGGUCUGGAGAAAGAACAGGAAUUUAUUAGCAAGUGCAUGGAAAGCCUAAUGAUAGCAUCAAGUAAUCUAGAGCAAGAUUCUCAUUCCAGUCUUACCAUUAUUGAACGAGGACUUCUCAUGCUUAAAACACAUUUAGAAGCUUUUCGGAGAAGGUUUGCGUAUCAUCUGAGGCAAUGGCAAAUAGAAGGCACUGGUAUCAGUAGCCAUUUAAAAGCAUUGAGUGAUAAACAAUCACUACCUCUCAGAAUUGUUUGUCAACCAGCUGGACUUCCUGACAAAAUGACCAUUGAAAUGUACCCAAGUGAUCAGGUAGCAGAUCUAAGAGCUGAGGUUACACAUUGGUAUGAAAAUUUGCAGAAAGAACAGUUGAAUCAGCAAGCACAUCUGCAAGAAUUUGGUCAAAUCAGUAGAAAAGGAGAUUUCCCAGGGGGUCUCAUGGGUCCUGUAAGAAUGAUUUCUUCUGGACAUGAACUAACAACUGACUAUGAUGAAAAAACACUUCAUGAAUUGGGAUUUAAAGAUAUGCAGAUGGUCUUUGUGUCCUUGGGUGCUCCAAGGAGAGAGCGAAAAGGGGAAGGAGUUCAGCUUCCAGCAUCCUGCUUGCCAGCACCUCAGAAGGACAACAUUCCAAUGCUCUUACUUCUGCAAGAGCCUCAUCUUACUACCCUGUUUGAUUUGCUAGAAAUGCUUGCCUCCUUUAAGCCUCCACCCGCAGAAGUAGCUAUGGAAGAUAGUGAGAGUGCAAAAUGUGAAGAACUCCACCUUCAUGCAGAAAAUCUAUCAAGGCGAGUUUGGGAGUUGUUAAUGCUACUGCCUACAUGUCCUAAUAUGCUUCAGGCAUUUCAAAAUAUUUUAGAUGAUCAGAGUAAUGAUGGAUUCAGUUGGAAAGAUCUUUUAAGAAUAAAAAGUGCCCAUAAACUUCUGUAUGCCCUUGAAAUAAUUGAAGCGCUUGGAAAACCCAAUAGAAGAAUAAGGCGGGAAUCCACGGGAAGUUACAGUGAUCUUUAUCCAGAUUCUGAUGAUUCAAGUGAAGAUCAAAUAGAAAACAGUAAAAACACUUGGAGUUGCAAGUUUGUGGCUUCUGGAGGUCUUCAACAGCUCUUGGAAAUAUUUAAUUCUGGAAUUUUAGAACCUAAAGAUCAGGAAUCAUGGACAGUUUGGUUACUCGAUUGUCUGGCUUGCUUGCUGAAGUUGAUAUGCCAAUUUGCAGUGGAUCCUUCAGAUUUGGAUUUAGCUUAUCAUGAUGUUUUUGCCUGGUCUGGAGUAGCAGAGAAUCACAGGAAAAGAACUUGGCCAGGAAAAUCACGGAAAACAGCAGGAGAUCAUACAAAAGGCCUUCACAUACCCCGUUUAACAGAGGUAUUUCUUGUACUUGUCCAGGGAACCAGUUUGAUUCAGCGACUUAUGUGUGUUGCUUAUACAUAUGACAACUUGGCGCCUAGGGUGUUGAAAGCUCAAGCUGAUCAUAGGUCAAGACAUGAAGUUACUCACUAUUCAAUGUGGUUGCUAGUGAGUUGGGCUCACUGUUGCUCUUUAGUAAAAUCCAACCUAGCAGAUAAUGAUAAUUUACAUGAUUGGCUGAAGAAACUGACUCUUUUAAUUCCUGAGACUGCAGUCCGCCACGAAUCUUGUAAUGGUCUCUAUAAAUUAUCACUGUCAGGGUUGGAUGGAGGAGACUCCAUAAAUAGAUCUUUCCUGCUACUAGCUGCCUCAACACUGCUUAAAUUUCUUCCUGAUGCCCAGGCACUGAAACCUAUUAAGAUUGAGGAUUAUGAAGAAGAACCUAUUUUGCAGCCUGGCUGUAAAGAAUAUUUCUGGUUGCUGUGCAAACUAAUAGAUAAUAUACAUGUAAAAGAUGCUAGUCAGACAACUUUACUUGAUUUAGAUGCCUUAGCAAGACAUUUGGCUGAUUGUAUUCGAAGCAGAGAAAUUCUUGAUCAUCAAGAUGGCAAUACUGAAGAUGAUGGCCUUACAGGUCUCCUGCGUUUAGCAACAAGUGUUAUCAAACAUAAACCACCUUUUAAGUUUUCCCGAGAAGGGCAGGAAUUCUUGAGAGAUAUUUUUAACCUUCUGUUCUUAUUGCCAAGUCUAAAAGAUCGACAACAGCCGAAAUGCAAGUCACAUUCUUCAAGGGCUGCUGCUUAUGACUUAUUGGUAGAAAUGGUAAAAGGUUCUGUAGAAAACUACAGGCUCCUCCAUAACUGGGUUAUGGCACAACAUAUGCAGUCUUCUCACGCACCUUAUAAAUGGGAUUAUUGGCCACAUGAUGAUGUUAGAGCUGAAUGCAGAUUUGUGGGAUUAACCAACCUUGGAGCAACUUGUUACCUGGCAUCGACUAUUCAACAAUUAUAUAUGAUUCCAGAAGCCAGACAAGCCAUUUUUACUGCAAAGUAUUCUGAGGACAUGAAACACAAGACAACUCUUUUAGAACUUCAGAAAAUGUUCACGCAUUUAAUGGAAAGCGAAUGCAAAGCAUAUAAUCCAAGGCCAUUCUGCAAAACCUACACCAUGGAUAAACAGCCACUAAAUACUGGUGAACAAAAGGACAUGACAGAAUUUUUUACAGAUCUUAUAACAAAAAUUGAGGAAAUGUCUCCAGAAUUGAAAAAUACUGUGAAAAGCUUAUUUGGAGGUAUUAUCACAAACAAUGUUGUUUCUCUGGACUGUGAACAUGUUAGCCAAACUGCUGAAGAAUUCUAUACAGUAAGAUGUCAAGUAGCAGAUAUGAAGAAUAUUUAUGAAUCUCUUGAUGAAGUUACUAUUAAAGAUACCCUAGAAGGUGAUAACAUGUAUACUUGUUCACACUGUGGAAAGAAAGUACGGGCCGAAAAAAGGGCAUGUUUUAAGAAAUUACCUCAAAUCUUAAGCUUUAAUACAAUGAGAUAUACUUUUAACAUGGUUACUAUGAUGAAAGAAAAGGUCAAUACACACUUCUCAUUUCCUUUACGUUUGGAUAUGACCCCUUAUACUGAAGAUUUUCUCAUGGGAAAAAGUGACAGAAAAGAAGGUUUCAAGGACAAUGGCACUAAUUCAAAGGAGACCAAGAGUUAUGAGUAUGAUUUGAUAGGUGUAACUGUCCAUACAGGAACUGCUGAUGGGGGACAUUAUUACAGUUUUAUCCGAGAUAUUGUUAAUCCCCAUGCUUACAAAAACAACAAGUGGUAUCUGUUCAAUGAUGCUGAAGUAAAGCCAUUUGAUUCUGCUCAGUUGGCUUCUGAAUGUUUUGGUGGAGAAAUGACAACGAAAACCUAUGACUCUGUCACCGAUAAAUUUAUGGAUUUCUCUUUUGAAAAGACUCACAGUGCAUACAUGCUCUUCUAUAAACGAAUGGAACCAGAAGAAGAAAAUGGCAAAGAUUAUACAUUUGAUGUUUCUUCUGAAUUACUAGAAUGGAUAUGGCAUGAUAACAUGCAGUUCCUUCAGGAUAAGAAUAUUUUUGAGCAUACAUAUUUUGGAUUUAUGUGGCAGUUGUGUAGUAGCAUCCCCAGCACAUUACCAGAUCCCAAAGCAGUUUCUCUGAUGACAGCCAAGUUAAGCACUUCUUUUGUCCUUGAAACAUUUAUCCAUUCAAAAGAAAAGCCUACAAUGCUUCAGUGGAUUGAACUGUUAACUAAGCAAUUUAACAACAGCCAAGCUGCUUGUGAGUGGUUUCUUGAUCGUAUGGCUGAUGACGACUGGUGGCCUAUGCAGAUUUUAAUUAAAUGCCCCAAUCAGAUUGUAAGACAGAUGUUUCAACGUUUGUGCAUCCAUGUGAUUCAGCGGCUAAGGCCAGUCCAUGCUCAUCUCUACCUACAGCCAGGACUAGAAGACUGUUCAGAUGACAUGGAUGGUCCUGUGGAAGAUAUUGGUAGUCGCUCAUGUGUGACUCGUUUUGUGAAGACUCUGUUGUCAAUUAUGGAACAUGGUGUUAAACCUCACAGUAAACAUCUCACAGAAUACUUUGCCUUUCUUUAUGAAUUUGCCAAAAUGGGAGAAGAGGAGAGCCAGUUUUUGCUUUCUCUGCAAGCCAUUUCAACAAUGGUUCAUUUCUAUAUGGGAACUAAAGGUCCUGAAAAUCCACAAGUUGAGGUACUAUCAGAAGAAGAAGGAGAAGAGGAGGAGGAGGAGGAAGACAUUCUUUCUUUAGCGGAAGAAAAAUAUAGGCCUGCUGCACUUGAAAAGAUGAUUGCUCUGAUAGCUCUUCUGGUAGAACAGUCUCGAUCAGAGAGGCACUUGACUUUAUCCCAAAAUGAUAUGGCAGCAUUAACUGGAGGCAAGGGUUUUCCUUUCUUAUUCCAACAUAUUCGAGAUGGAAUCAACAUUAGGCAGACCUGCAAUCUUAUUUUCAGCCUUUGUCGAUAUAACAACAGACUUGCAGAACAUAUUGUAUCCAUGCUUUUCACAUCUAUAGCGAAGCUGACUCCUGAGGCAGCCAAUCCUUUUUUCAAGUUGUUAACUAUGCUUAUGGAAUUUGCUGGUGGACCUCCAGGAAUGCCACCAUUUGCAUCAUAUAUUCUUCAAAGGAUAUGGGAGGUGAUUGAGUACAACCCAUCUCAAUGUCUGGAUUGGCUAGCAGUGCAGACACCACGAAAUAAGCUUGCCCACAGUUGGGUCCUGCAGAAUAUGGAGAACUGGGUAGAGCGCUUUCUUUUGGCUCAUAACUAUCCUAGAGUGAGAACCUCUGCAGCCUAUCUUCUGGUCUCUCUUAUUCCAAGCAAUUCAUUCCGACAAAUGUUCCGAUCUACCCGCUCACUGCAUAUCCCUACUCGAGAUCUUCCCCUUAGUCCAGAUACUACAGUUGUUCUUCAUCAAGUUUAUAAUGUGUUGCUUGGACUGCUCUCAAGAGCUAAGCUUUAUGUUGAUGCUGCUGUGCAUGGAACUACAAAGCUGGUACCCUACUUCAGUUUUAUGACUUACUGCUUGAUCUCCAAAACAGAAAAACUAAUGUUUUCUACUUAUUUCAUGGAUUUGUGGAACCUCUUUCAGCCUAAACUUUCUGAGCCUGCUAUUGCUACCAAUCAUAAUAAGCAGGCCCUGCUCUCCUUCUGGUACAAUGUCUGUGUUGACUGCCCUGAGAACGUGCGCCUUAUUGUGCAGAAUCCAGUGGUGACCAAGAACAUUGCCUUCAAUUACAUCCUAGCAGAUCAUGAUGACCAGGAUGUGGUGCUUUUUAACCGUGGGAUGCUACCUGCCUACUAUGGCAUUCUGCGGCUAUGCUGCGAGCAAUCCCCUGCAUUUACCAGACAGUUGGCUUCUCAUCAAAAUAUCCAGUGGGCAUUUAAGAAUCUCACACCACAUGCCAGCCAAUAUCCUGGGGCAGUGGAAGAACUGUUUAAUCUCAUGCAACUCUUUGUAGCUCAGAGGCCUGAUAUGAGAGAGGAAGAACUGGAAGACAUUAAGCAAUUUAAAAAAACUACUAUAAGCUGUUACCUUCGCUGCUUAGAUGGACGGUCAUGCUGGACUACUUUAAUAAGUGCCUUCCGAAUAUUAUUAGAAACUGAUGAGGAUCGGCUUCUUGUCAUAUUUAACAGAGGCUUAAUCCUGAUGACUGAGUCCUUCAAUACACUGCACAUGAUGUACCAUGAAGCCACAGCUUGCCAUGUAACUGGAGAUCUGGUAGAGCUUCUGUCCAUAUUUCUUUCCGUCCUCAAAUCUACCCGGCCAUAUCUGCAAAGAAAAGAUGUGAAACAAGCACUUAUCCAAUGGCAGGAGCGGAUAGAAUUUGCCCAUAAACUUUUAACUUUGCUAAAUUCCUACAGUCCUCCGGAACUUAGAAAUGCUUGUAUAGAUGUCCUCAAGGAACUGGUACUGUUAAGCCCUCAUGAUUUUCUGCACACUUUAGUUCCUUUUCUCCAGCACAACCAUUGCACAUACCAUCAUAGCAACAUACCAAUGUCUCUUGGUCCUUAUUUCCCAUGCCGUGAAAAUCUGAAAUUGAUAGGAGGCAAAAGUAAUAUCCGCCCACCUCGCCCUGAACUUAAUAUGUGCCUUUUGCCUACAAUGGUAGAAGCUAACAAGGGUAAAGAUGAGGUUUAUGACCGUAUGCUACUAGAUUACUUUUUUUCAUACCAUCAGUUCAUCCAUCUCUUAUGCCGAGUUGCCAUCAACUGUGAGAAAUUCACAGAAACUUUAGUGAAAAUGAGUGUUCUUGUUGCAUAUGAAGGCUUACCUCUUCAUCUAGCUUUGUUUCCCAAACUUUGGACUGAGCUUUGCCAAAGUCAGUCUUCCAUGUCAAAGAAUUGCAUCAAGCUCCUGUGUGAAGAUCCUGUGUUUGCAGAAUAUAUUAAAUGCAUCCUAAUGGAUGAGAGAACAUUUCUUAACAACAACAUUGUUUACACUUUCUUAACGCAUUUCCUUCUCAAGGUACAAGGACAAGUGUUUUCUGAAGCAAAUUGUGCUGGAAUAAUCAAUAAUCUGAUUACAAAUUUGAUCAACCAGUAUCAGAAUCUGGAAUCAGAAUUUGCCAAUCAGCGAGUUGAAAUUUUUAAAGCAAGUUCUACUUUAAAUGGGGACCUUCGAGCCCUCACUUUACUGCUUUCUGUGCACACCCCCAAACAGUUGAAUCCUGCCCUAAUACCUACUUUGCAAGAGCUACUAAACAAAUGCAAAACUUGUCAACAACAAAAAAGCUCAUUGCAGGAACAAGAAGCCAAAGAACGAAAAACUAAAGAUGAUGAGGGAGCCACUCCAGUAAAAAGAAGACGGGUUAGCAGUGAUGAGGAGCAUACGGUAGACAGUUGCAUCAGUGAUUUGAAAAAUGAACCUAGGGAAGCCUUGACUCCAACCAGCACCUCAGACAAUGAGACAAGAGACUCCUCCAUCAUUGACCCAGGCACCGAACAGGACCUGCCUUCCCCUGAAAAUAAUUCUAUUAAGGAGUACCGUAUGGAAGUUCCCUCUUCAUUUUCUGAAGAUAUGAUGCUAGCUACUCAUUCACACCAUGGGGAGGAACAGCUGGGCAAUGGAAGAUUUGAAGAAUGUAAAGAUCUGAAAGAGCCAUCAAGCUCCAAGGAUUCUCAUAUUAUAGAGGAUGAUACUGAGUUCCCCUCCACAUCUAUUUCUGCUGUUCUUUCUGACCUCACAGAUCUGAAGAACUCUGAAAGUCAAGUUUCCCAGGACCCUGAGUCUGGCUUAUCACUUAGUUGCAGCCAUUCCAGAGGAUUGUUGAGUCACAUGCAGCAGCAACAUCAAGACAUUUUAGACAUCCUUUGCAGGACCAUUGAAUCAACAAUUCAUGUGGUUACGAGGAUAUCUGGCAAAGGAAACCAAGCUGCUUCUUGACAGUAGAGGAGCAUGUGUGCUUUUAAAGUCUUUUUUUCUCCCUUUUAAAAAUGCUGUUUGUAUAAGUUCUGCUUAUUUCUGUUUUGUGCUUCAGUUUGUCCAGUGCUUUCUGCUUGAAUGGCAAGAUGAAAUUUAUAUGCUUAAUUGGUCAGGCAGAACUUCAAAUUAAAAAAUUAUUUUGCAUCUACCGUACAUUUUCUUAAAGGGCAAUCAGAUAAUGAAUAUGUUUAUGUAAUUCAAAGUUCACUGUGGUGGCUUUCAUUUAAUAUGCCUGUCUGGGAGAGCAGGGACUCUUUGCCCUGUAUGACGUAAUUGAAAUUUAACUGCAUUUUUACGGUGUAUAAUAUUGUGUCCUCUGUGCCAGUUUUGUACCUUACAAAAGAGGCAACUUGCCUCCAAUUGCUGUGGUUCUUAUUAUCAAAAUUAAGUUUACUUGUAUACUAAACAACCACAAAAAAUUGAUUCUAUAAAGAAUCCUCUUUAGCUGUGGCCUGACAGUAUACACACACACACACACACAAUACACACACACAUAAUAUAUAUAUAUAUAUA